GCGAGCGCGCGGAUAUCACCGCUCGUUCUUGCUUUCAAUCAGUUUGGUAAACAAGGAUUGAAUUCAGCUCGGACGAGUUUGAUAUAUUCAACAUCGGCUCUGUAAAACUUCGACUCGGCAAGAUGAAUUCUACGUUCGAAUUGAUCGAUGGAUUUGGAGAUCAUCUCGGCCAUGCGAUGCUCGAUGACAUCGUCUUUGAGAUAAUCGACGAGGAGGAUUUGGAACGGUUUCGGUUUUCUGCGCUUCAGCCAGAACAUUCGAUUCACCACUGGCCAAUGGAGUACGAAGAAAAUCACGAGAGCGAGUCAGACGACGAGCCAGACUUCGAUUUUCGCACGCACAACAUCGACGCGAACGACGGCAUUAUCUACGAAUGCGACACAUGCGGCAAGAAGUUCUCAACGAGGAGAAAUUUCGAAAAGCACAUCGAUAGAGUGCAAAUCACUUAUGCGUGCGACACGUGCGGAGAGAAAUUCUCGAAGAAGGGUCAACUCAGAGUGCACAUCGUAACGAGCCACGUCAAUCGCAUCGAGCAAUACUCAACGAAGACGAGUCUCAAAAAACGCAUCGAUGAUGCGCACAACGAUAUCGCGUUACAUUCGUGCGACACGUGCCGCAAGAUAUUUUCCAAUAAGACGAAUCUCAAGAGACACGUCGAUGUGGCGCACAAGGGCCUCAAGUAUACCUGUCUCGAGUGCAGAAAGCCAUUUUCGGCGAGGAACAAUCUUCAGGCGCACGUCGAUUCGGUUCACAAUAAAAUCGCUCACAAGUGCGACGUGUGCGGGAAGAAAUUCUCGGUCAAGAGUAGUCUCAAGGCCCACAUGGCUUCGGUGCACAACAGCACAAGCCUCGCGUGCCACUUGUGCGACAAGAAAUUCUCGUUCAAGAGUAAUCUCAAGAUGCACGUCGUGUCGGCGCACGGCGACGUCGCCAAUGCCUGCCAGAUCUGCCAGAAGACGUUCAGACGCGAGGAAAAUCUCAAGAGCCACGUGAACGCGAUGCACAACGGCCAAGCGGCUCACGCGUGCGAUCGGUGCGGCAAGAAAUUCGCAUUCAAGAGCCAUCUGCAAGUCCACGUAGCUGCGGAGCACAGAGUUGUCAAGACAUCGACAGGGCUCGUUAUGGUAUGAUGCUUAUACGUGUGAUGUAUAUGUAUGCGAAAAGAAAUUCGCAGCUGAGGUUGAUCUCGAGAAACACAUGGAAUCGGUGCCUUUUCGUGUCGCAGUAUGCAUAAUGCGAGAUGAACGAGAGAAAAUUUGUACAAAUGAAAAAGUACUCAAUUACGAGGUGGAAAAUUUUGUUGUUCUCAACUCGUGCGAAAAGUAAGGGAGAAAAUUUGCUCUUUGCUUGCGAUACACGCUUGGAAAAAAUCCUGACCAGUGAGCUCACUCUGCUCCACAAUGAUAUUGUGUAUGAUACGGCACACUUCAUGCGUACAUAAAUUUAUAAUUGUAAAAUUAAUGUUAAAUCACUAAGCUUUAAAUUGUUCAAUUUCAAUGCUUACAAAAUUUUUGUAUUGAGAUAUAUAAUAACAGUAUAGAGAAUAUUUAAGAAAAAAAUUAUUGUCAUAAAUAAUUGACUUAACUCGAUUAUUAAUACAGUCGAUUAUUAUCAACUUAGCUUUCAUACUCCACCCUUCUCUCGUGGCAUGAUGUAGCAACUAUAAAAUAAAAGCACUCCUGAUGGUGCUGUCUCUGACACUGCUUCGCUUUUAAGUCUAGUGAAACUUUCAGUGAUGAUAUCAAUGCCAAACUAUAUAAGAAAAUCAAACCUUAAGAGGACUGACAAUCUCUCCGAUAAAAAUAAUAAACACAAAUAAUGGCCUUAUGUAAAAAA